GAAUUUCAGAAUAUCAGUUUGAAAGAAAAAAAAUCGCACUUAUGCUUAAAUAGUGGUACAUCAAGCUGUUCCCAGGAAACCAAAUUUUGGGAAAGAAGCAGCAACAAAGCAUAGGAGAAUUUCUCUUCAUCUGCUACACACUACACACAUUGUUGGUCUCCAUUUCCGUUUCUGGCAGACUUUUCACAAACCUAUAUAUAUAUAUACUACUAUGUAUGCGAAAAUUCAAACAUUCACCAUUGCUCGAAACCUAGUGUGCAGUAGCGGUAGAGCAAUCGCUAAAUCAUUUUCAUCAAGGAACAUGGCCACCACCGGCGCCGCGACGGCAGACCAUCGGAACCUUAUCAGCGUCGGAAGUAAGAUUAUCGCCGUCGGUCGUAACUACGCCGCUCACGCCAAAGAACUCGGCAACGCCGUGCCUAAGGAGCCAGUAUUGUUUAUGAAGCCCACAUCAUCGUAUUUAGAGAACGGAGGGACAAUAGAAGUUCCUUAUCCAUUGGAAUCACUGGAUCACGAGGUGGAGUUGGCAGUUGUCAUCAGCAAAAGAGCUAGGGAUGUACCUGAAGCCACUGCUAUGGAGUAUGUUGGAGGCUAUGCACUUGGCUUGGAUAUGACUGCAAGGGAGAUCCAAGCUACCGCAAAGUCUGCAGGCCUGCCAUGGACUGUUGCUAAGGGUCAAGACACAUUCACUCCUAUCAGCUCAGUUUUACCACAGUCCAUGGUGCCAGAUCCCCAUGACAUAGAGUUGUGGCUAAAGGUUGAUGGAGAACUUCGCCAAAAAGGCUCAACAAGAGAUAUGAUAUUUAAGAUCCCAUAUUUGAUUAGCCACAUAAGUUCUAUCAUGACUCUUCUCCAGGGAGAUGUUAUUUUAACUGGGACUCCCAAAGGAGUUGGUCCUGUUAAGGUUGGUCAAAAGAUUGAUGCUGGCAUAACAGGUCUCCUGGAUGUGCACUUUGAUGUUGGAAGACGCCCAGGAGAGAAACAGCAGUGAUUCACAAUAAGUUUAUCUUUUUUUGUUUGUUGUAUACUUGACCCACUUGUUUGUGGAUAUUCUGAAUUUUCCUUCCCAUGAUUACUAGGAUAUUUUGUACAAUAACAAAACCAUCAACUUGUAUCUUUUCAAAUAAAAUUACAAGUUGAAAUA